AUGGCCGAUCCCAUUGCUGAAAACACUGCCAAGCUCCAGCUUGACGCGGAGACUGGGGAAAUGGUCUCCAAGAAUGAGCUCAAGAAGCGUACGCAGAAGCGGGCCAAGAAGACCGCCGCCGCCGUGUUGCGCAACAGCAGACAAGCAUCGACGCGAUUGCCAACAUCCGGAGGUCAAGAGCUGACCGACGCGCUAGGCGGCAAACCCGCUAAGACCAACGAGGCUACUUUCGACCCAGAUGGCAUGUUCAAGCAGGGUUUCCUUGCCGAGGUCUACAAGCUUCGCCCGUCGGAAAAUGUCGUGACGCGAUUCCCACCUGAGCCGAAUGGCUACCUCCAUGUAUACAUUUCCUCUUUGGCUGAUUUCUUGCGUCCCUAA